AUAAAGGUUAUAAUGUCUGCACUGUUCUGCACUGCAAGACGAUUUAUUAUGUAUAUACAAAAAACUUCCAAAUACUUGCAAUAAACCACAAUAAACUGAUUUUUGUUCACACAAGAAUAUCUGGAAGGUAUACUAUGCGUAUCAAAAUUAACUGUUUUGCGAAUAUCUCUGUUUUAUCGUACACUUUUGCACACACGUGUUUUCCUGACACGUGGUGGUAUUAUCCAGUAUCAUCUCUACAAGUUAUCAGAGAAGGCAGCUAAUGGAACGCAUGGAAGUAACAUUGAAACACAAAUAAGAUUUACAAUUAGAAUCAUUCUUUAAAUUAUUUUGUCCACGAACUUAAUAGUAAACAACAUAAAGACGCAUCUUAUCGUGUCUGAGCGGCAUGUAAAUAUGAAAAAAUAUAUAUAUGUAUCGUUACUUUAAUUGAUUUUAAGCGGAAAACUAACGAACGUGAGAACCCCUUGAAAAGCCCAAUGAAAUCAAUUGCGCCAAAAUUACGCCGAGAUCGUUUUUCUCAAGCAAACGUAUAAUCAACAAUUCAGCAAGAUUCAGCAGUAUUAACACCUCUAGUAUUAUUAAUGCUUAUCUGCUACAAAGGGCAAAUUUUCUAAAGUUGUCAGAAGAAAUAUAUAAAUUGUGCUUUAUUUGUGUACGGGUAAAAUGCCGAAGGAUAUUCGAUCAUGGUUUCCUGUUGUUAAUACGAAAAAAGGUAAUACCAGUGAAGAGCCAAAAAAUAAUAGAAAACGCCGUGUUAUAUCUUCAGAUGAAGAUGAGCCAAAGAAGAAUUCGCCAUCUAAAAAAGUCAAGGUUAAUAAGAAACGCAACCGUCAUCAUACUCUAUCCGAUUCGGAUGAAGAAAUAAUCAGUAUAAAGAAACCAGCUUCUCUAAUAAAAUCACCCAAUAAAGAAGACUAUGAAAAAAAAGCAGUUUCUCCUCGUGACAUCUUUGGUAGUGCUCCUGUUAAGAGAGUUGCAGCUCCAAAAAUUAAGAAGACUGAACUAUUUUUUAAGGAAGGGAAAUGGGAGGAUGAUAAUGAUUGUCUUAAGGAAUUAGAUACGUCACACAUUGAAGUAGAGUAUUUUUCAAAGUUGGAGAAAGAUAAAAAUUUAAAACUUGUGAAGGAUGGAAUAAAAAAUGAAGAUCAAGAUAUAUCAGAAAUAUCAUCACAUGCAUCACCUGAAAAGAAGGAAACAAAGAAUGAGAAAAACAAAAAUGGAAAUAAAAUCUCAAGUUCAGAUAGCAAAAAGGAUUCUUCUGCACAGAAAAAGAGUAAAUCUAGUAAUUCUUCCAUAGAGGAUAUAAAUUUUGAACCAGAAAACAGUUUGAAAUCUCAAAAUCGUAAGGAAACACAAAGCAAACAUGCACCGAAAAGAACUAAAGGUAUCUCUCACAUGGAAGUGGAGAAGAAACGUAAAAAAAGUCAAAGCCCUAAAAAGGAUAAAUCAUUGGAUCCAUAUGAGGAAAGAAUUGAAAAAAAGAAACAACAAGUUGCUUUGUAUCAACAAUAUCUUAAUAGAGGUGGUGCACGAAAUCCAGGCUCCAAAACAAUACCUGAGGGAGCUGAGUAUUGUUUAGCUGGAUUGAGUUUCGUGAUAACCGGUGUUUUGGAUUCGUUAGAAAGAGAUGAAGCUACUGAACUUAUUAAGAAAUACGGAGGCCGCGUCGUACAAUCCGUGUCGAGAAAAACUGAUUAUAUCAUAGUUGGGGAUGAACCAGGUGUUUCAAAACUAGAUAAGGCAAAAAGUUUAAGAGUGAAACAAAUAUCGGAAGAUGAUCUGUUAGAUUUGAUUCGAACUCGACCUUCUGGAAAAGCAUCAGAAGUAAAAGAAACGCAUCACAGAAUACGGAAAGAUGAAAAAUUAUCGUCACCUGAACCACAGUUUGAAAAAUCAAGCCCUACACAAUCACAUGUUAAGAAAGACACAAAAGAAAAAGAAUUGGAAAACGAAGAAGAACCGAAAAUUUCACUUAGCGAAGAUAGUGGACAAGCAUUGGUUGAGAAAUACAGACCAACAGCGUUGAAUAAAAUUAUUGGCCAACAAGGAGAGAAAAGUAAUGCUAAGAAAUUAUUAAAUUGGCUGAAAAAUUGGCAUAGAAAUCACAGUGGCAACGUCACACAUAAAAAGCCAAGUCCAUGGGCGAAAAAUGAUGAUGGAGCUUUCUUCAAAGCUGCUCUACUCUCUGGACCACCAGGUAUUGGAAAAACUACAACAGUCCAAGUAGUUUGCAAAGAAUUGGGUUUGGAUUUGUUAGAAUACAAUGCCUCUGAUACAAGAAGUAAACGUUUAUUAAAGGAAGGAGUUUCUGAGUUACUGAACAAUACAACGAUGAAAGGUUACUUCACUGGAGAUAACAAAGAGAAGCCAGCAGCCAAACAUGUUCUCGUAAUGGACGAAGUGGAUGGUAUGGCUGGUAAUGAAGAUCGAGGUGGUUUACAAGAAUUGAUUGCUUUGAUCAAAUCCACGGAAGUACCAAUUAUUUGUAUUUGUAACGACAGAAACCAUCCAAAAAUGAGGACGCUCGCAAAUUAUACUUACGAUUUACGUUUUCACCAGCCCAAUCACGCUCAAAUCAAAGGAGCCAUGUUAUCAAUUUGUCAUAAAGAAAAUAUCAAAAUAGACAAGGAAGAACUGGACCGUUUGAUAACAGCGACAAAUCGUGACAUUCGUCAAAUCAUAAAUCAUUUAGCAUUGCUCACAGAAAAUUCCCAAACUAAAAUCGAAUCGGAAAAUCAUAAAUCUAACAAGGACCUGAGAUUAGGUCCUUGGGAUGUUGUACGGAAAGUCUUCAGUGCUGAGGAACAUAAGAAUAUGAGUAUACACGAUAAAAGCGGCUUAUUUUUCCAUGAUUAUAAUAUAGCGGCAUUAUUUGUACAAGAGAAUUAUCUUUCUGUGGUACCGCAAGCUCCAAAGGCCGAACUAAUGGAGAGAGUUGCUAAAGCUGCUCACAGUUUAGCAAUGGGUGAUAUUAUUGAGAAGAAUAUUCGUCAGUCAAAUGCAUGGUCUCUGUUACCUGUGCAAGCUUGUUUCUCAUCUGUAAUACCAGGGACUGUCAUGUCUGGUCGAAUUACGUCACAAAUUAAUUUUCCAUCUUGGCUGGGUCGCAAUUCCAAAAGUGGAAAAUUUGAUAGAUUACGACAAGAAGUUUCUAUUCAUACGCGAUUGGCUACUUCUGCCAGUAAAGAUGCUAUAAAUUUGGAUUACUUAACAUAUUUAAGAGAUUUUAUCAUUAAGCCAAUGAUUAAUAAUGGUAUAGAAGGUGUGGAAUCGUCAGUGAAAAUCAUGAAUGAUUAUCAUCUUAUGAGGGAAGACUUGGAUUCUAUAUUAGAACUUUCUACAUGGCCAGGACAGCGAGAUCCUAUGCAGGCUCUUGACAGCAAAGUGAAAGCUGCGUUCACGAGAACAUAUAACAAAAGUUCAGUACUAACCCCAUACUCUAUAAACAGUGGUACGAUAAAGAAAAAAAAUAAAACUUCACAGGACGAUGACUAUAUGGAAGAUGAGAAUGAGGAAGGUGCGCAACUUUCUGAAGAAGACGAUGAAGAUAAUCUAGAUAUGGAUAAGAUGAUUAAGCCCAAAAAAUCAGUAGCAUCCAAGAAAGUAGUAUCUACGACUACAAAUGAAGCGGGAUCCAGCAAACGUGGGAAAGGUCGGGGUAAAGGUCGUGGCAAAGGAAAAUAAUAACGACAAUUCUCAAAAAAUGGAAUGUUAUUUUUAUUAAAGAGCGCCUGACAGGAAUAUAUAUACGCCUUGUUUAAUCAUCGCAUUGCACAUAAAAAUCAUUCAAUUGCUUCGAUUAAGUUUCCUUGAGACUCAAUCAUUUACAGUCAGAAUUCGUUUUAUUGGACUUUAUUAAUUCAGCUCGGGUCUUGACACAACCUGUAAAAAGAUGCGAAUAUUCACAAAAAUUACUGAUUUGUUAAUGAAGAAGUGAGAUUAUAAGUUAACUUGCUCUAAAUUUAUCUAUUGUGUAAAUGAUAUUAAUUCAAACAAUAAAAUAUUUCUAAUAGUAUCCCAA